CGGUUCCAAUUUGAAGCUGUAGCACAAGAAAAUUAUUCUUGGUAUUUUGCAAGAUCAGAAUUUGGAAGACAUUAAUUGCAAAAUACUGAUUCUAACUUAUUUCCUCAAAUUUAUGUACUUGCAGACAGAUAUAAAAGAAUGGAACCAUUCAUUGCUCCAGACAUGGAUGACUUUUAUUUAUUUGAUGUUAUGUACGGCAGUUCGGACAGUGAAGAAGAAAUUAUUUGUACCUCCUGUGCGAGAGGACGGUUACGUCAGUCUGUAAUGAUGCCAAGACUUCCAAGUUAUAAAGUCAUUCAUAAAAAGAAGGUUGACUUCCAAAGGCAUUUGGGAGUGGCAGAGAGUGAAAUACAGAAGAGAACAUUAGGAAGAGGCAGAGCUAAAUGUAGACAGAUUAUAUCACAGAAUCUACCUCCUGUAGGGAGGAGUGGAGAUUCACCAUCUGAAAGUAGUGCAGAUGAAAGAAUAUAUCAUGUUGGCUUAUCACAUAGAAGUCCUAGCUGGAAAAAUGAAUUACGGAAACCUAAGACAAAACCUUUAAUUCUGACUUCAGAUUUUCCACAUCUAUCUGCUAAAUCUAAAAAUGAACAUCAAAGUCUUGAAGAAACUAGAAAUACUGCUGAUACAAAAAAUGGAACAAAUUUCAAAGAUAUGGCCAACUAUCUCAUGGACUCUUGGGAAGAUGCAUUUACUGAAGAGGGUCAGUUUGAAGAUGUAGCAUUUAAUGAUGACAGUUUUGAAACAGAAGAUAAUUCAUACCAGGGAAAUAACCAAAUAAAAGAAGAUUAUCUGCAAAAUGAACAAAGUAUUGAAAUUAAUUCAGAUUUAAAACAGAAAACUGAUGAAUAUUUUAAAAAACUGGAAGCAGAAAUGGACAACUUGAGUUUAAAUGAUUUUGAAAACAUUUCAGUAUCUGAAGCAUCUAAACGAAGAUUUUCUCAAAGUGCAAAAGAAUCAGUUCCCCUUUCAGAGGGUAAAGCACAAGGAGGAAUUUGGUAUUCUGGUGAUGAUGCUUACAUUUCUAACAGUAAAAAUGAUGAAACUUGGACAGAUUCUGAUGAUACGGAUGUGUCGGUUUCUACCGAGUCACUUUUACCAUGUGAUAAAUCAACCUUGCCAAUCAGAAGUAAGGUUAAAGGUUGUGAUGUUCUACCUCGUGCCAAAUUUGAUCUGACAUUACCAGGUGAUGGUAGUGUUGAAGCUCAGGGAAAUGUGUCUAAUGUUGCCAUGGGUGGCAAUACUCAUUCAUCCUCUAGUCCUGAUAAUGCUGUUAGUGGCCAUAACCAUUCCUCAUCUAGUCCUCAUACUGAUCAUUCCACAUCUAGUCACGAUAUUGACCAUAUGUCUUCUAGUCCCGAUAUUGACCAUUCCACUUUGUCGGUAUCAAAAACUGAGAGUGACAAUCAAAGAACAUCGGCUACCUCAGAUAAAGAUGAAAGUGAAACCAGUGAAAGCUUUAAAAAAAUAAGUCGGAAAAAUAAAAAGAAGAACAGAGAUGCAGCGAGAGCCAAAGAUUUUCAUAGUAAUUAUCCAGAUCAGAGUAAACAUGAUAAUGACCAAGAUGACACAGUUAGGGAUAAGCAAGUUAGCAAAAAGUGCCAAAAGAAUAAUUUAAGUCUGAUGGAUUCUAAUGCUUGCCAACGAAAUGGUCAGGGAUCAUCACAUGAUGCAGGUGUGUCAUGGAAGUUAAAGGGUGAUUCUGUUAUACAGCUAGAUGGUCUUCCAGUAGAUUGUGAUAUUUCUGUUUUACAAGAUCUUAUUGCUUCUUAUGGAACAGUAAAAGACAUUGAAAAAAAGGAAGGACCACAGUCUUCAGCUGUUAGAUUCAGAUUAAAUAGCACAGAUGCAUGUGAAAUGGUUGUGUGUUGUCUAGACGAUACAGACAUUUUUGAAGGUGCUGCAAGUAAAAUAAGCUGUGUCGUUGUGCAAUGAAGAAAAAGAAGAUAUUAAGUGUUGCAUUAGUGUUUUAUACAUCAGUAAAACCUCUAGAAAAAACGCUGUUAAUCAUGUAAAUGAUGGGAGGAAAUGCAUACAUUUAUGUUGUUUCUCUGCAUGUUAUUUUAUAUUCGUCAUUUAAAAUACUUCUUGGUCAAGGAGUAUGAAUAGUCAAUCUCUCUUCUAGAUAUUUCAGUAAGAAGCAUGUGAUUGUAGCUCUGUUUCAUUGACAUGAUUUUUGUCGAGCCUGCAACUCUUGUUGCAGAAAGCUCGACAUAGGGAUAGUGAUCCAGCGACGGCUACAGCGGCAGCGGCUACGACGGCAGCGGCGGCUUUAGCUAACUUCUUAAAAGCUUUAUAUUUUAGAAGGUAGAAGACCUGGAUGCUUCAUACUUUGUAUAUAUAGAUGACUCAUGUUAUGAACUUUCCGUCAGUCACAUGUCCAAUGUCCUUGACCUCAUUUUCAUGGUUCAGUGACUACUUGAAAAAAAAUGUCAUGAUUUUUUGUAAUGUUAAAUUCUCUCUUAUCAUAAGUAAUAGGAUAACUAUAUUUGGUAUGUGCGUACGUUGCAAGGUCCUCAUGCCCGUCAGAAAGUUUUCACUUGACCUAAACCUCAUUUCAUGGAUCAGUGAACAAAGUUUUGGUGGUCAAGUCCAUAUCUCAGAUACUAUAAGCAAUAGGUCUAGUAUACUCGGUGUAUGGAAAGACUGUAAGGUGUACAUGUCCAACUGGCGGGUGUCAUCUAACCUUGACCUCAUUUUCAUGGUUCAGUGGUUAUAGUUAAGUUUUUGUGUUUUGGUCUUUUUUUCUUAUACUAUAUAUGCAAUAAAUCUACUAUAUUUCGUAUAUGGAAUGAUUGUAAGGUGUACAUGUCUAGCUGACAGGUGUCAUCUGACCUUGACCUCAUUUUCAUGGUCCAGUGGUCAAUGUUAAGUUUUUGAGUUUUGGUCUAUUUUUCUAAUACUUUAUGCAUUGGGUCAUCUAUAUUUGGGGUAUGGAAAUAUUUUAUGAUUUAUAUGUCUGUUAUUCAGGUUUUAUUUGACCUUGACCUUAUUUUUACGGUCCAUUGCUAAGUGUUCAGUGUUUGUGUUUUGGUCUGUUUUUCUUAAUUUAUAAGCAAUAAGUCAACUAUAUUUGCUGUAUUGAAGAAUUGUUAGCUGUUCAUGUCUGCCUGGCAUGGGUCAUCUGACCUUGACCUCGUUUACAUGGUUCAUUGAUCAAUGUUUUGUUUUCUUGGUUAAUGUUGAGUUUAUGUGACAGUUGUAAUAAAGCUUUAUAUUUAGGUUUAUCAACAUAAUAUCAAUGAUUAGUAAAGAAGGCGAGAUAUUUCAGUGUGUGCACUCUUGUUAAAGAAUAUCACUGGGUUUGAAGAUAUAAAAACAAUGAUAGUACAUUGAAUUGUAUAAUGAAAUACCAAUCAUCAAUGGCCAUUGAAAGCAAUACAUUGUCGGAGUUUGUGUAUCUGUUUUUAUUUUUUGUUUGUAAAUUACAUUUUUGUGUUCCGUGUGUAUCUGUAUUUAUUUUUUGUUUGUAGAUUACUUUCUUGUGUUCCGUCCGAUGAUAUGCAUUUUUUUCAUUGUUUUAAUAAUGAAUGUAUAGCAUCUUUUACGUAUUUUUAGUUCAAAAAGAUGUUUUCUUUAUCUUUUGGUUCAAUUGUUAUUUCAUGGAAAUGUUUCAUCCAAUUUAAGUUCGUCUGAUCCAAAUUUUCAGGUGAGCAAAUUUUCGUCUGUCAUCCUUCAUUCGUUGUCCAUUGACUUUAACAAAAACGUUCUCCUAUGAAUCUGCUGGGCCAACAGAAGCAGAAGUACUUGACUGCACUCAUUAUAUGGGUACCUUCUUUAAAAUGUGUCAAGUAAUUCGGACUACAUGAUUGAAAAUAGAUCACAGGGGUAAAAUGUAAGUUUAGUUAUUAUCUUAAAAAUUGCUGAACAAUGUAAGCCCCUGACAGAUCCACCUACCAGUUACAUUAUAACAGUUUUUUAACUGUUGAAUAACUUAUAGGAGUUAUGUCCUUUAUAUAACUAAAUCUACCGUCUUAUUUUAAUAGCAUAUUAUCUUAAAAACUUUUAUACAUACUUUUUCGUCAACAAUUGCUAAUUUUAGAUAGUUUGAUUAGAACUGAUUAUGAUAGAUCAAUUAUAUUUUGUAUGAAGAUGCAUUACUAUUAAUACAUAUCAGUUCGACGAUUAAUGUAGGUCCUUCCCUAUAGGUUAUGAUCCAGGUACUUCGAAUUAUUUAUCAUUUUACAAUGUUAAGCUUUCUGCUGAUCUUGUUCGAUUGGAAUUCUUGUGAUAGAUCGAUGAUAUAUUCAAUAAAGUUGCAUUACUAUCAGUACAGUUUGAUUAACAAUUACUAAUUUUCAAUGUCAAACUUUCUGCUUAAGUUAGUUUCAUAGAAACUUCUUACAAUAGCUAACAGUGUUUUCAAUAAAGGUAAUCAUUUUCUGUACAUCUCAGUUGAUGUAUUGCCCACUUUUUCAUCGCCCACCGACUUAGAAUUAAUAAGCAUUACUGCUGUCCAUCAGAUUGUCUUUUUCUAAAUUUUCAAACGUCAGUGGAGACAUCUCUAUUAUGAUCAAGCAUUUGUGUUAUACAGUACAUAGUUACAUGUAUAGUCACUGCAAAGAAUCACAUAUUAAAGGGUUAGAUUUAGGUUUAGAUGUGGUGGUAAAGUAAGGAUCGAGACUAUAAGUAUUUCAAGCGUAUGCAUCGUUUACAUAUUAAUGUUUGUAAUUAGGUCCAGUGAUGGGAGACCACUAUGUUUAGAAUGAUUUUUUUUAUUUCUGAAUUAUCUUUAGCAAAUCAUAGUGAAUGAUGAAUUGGCGUCCAACACUCAUUAGUGCAACAUUAUUUUAAUUUUAUCUGUAUAUUAAAGACUGUAUACAUAUUUUGGAUUCAUUUAUUUUCUUAGAACGGGUACCAAUUUUCGUGGAUUGCGGACACCUUACAUUUUCGUGGAGUUGUGAUUUAGUAGUUCAGAGAAAUUCUGGAUACAUUUUUAUAGAAAUUUUUAUUUAGUUGAACAUCUAAAUUUGUGGUUAACUUGUAC